CCUGGGCUUGAUUCGCGCCAUGGUUUCUCAGCUCGACCCCUUCCUCUCUGUCGCCGCGAACUGGUUCGACGAGGCCUUCCUCGACGGCCUCGCGGCACCCAAAAUCCCCGCGCCGCUGGACGACGGCAAGUGGAUGUUGAAGCCCAUAAUCGCACCUUCGGACAACGCGGGACCGUUGACGCCGCCGACGCUGCCAGCAUCGCCCUUGGGCGGGCCGCCAGUAGAGGCUGAGCGACCUCGAGCCGUGGUGGCGAUGGCAUCGUCGCAGAGGUUCGCCUGGCGGCGCGACGACGGCCGCGUGCCGGACAUUCAGUCAAAUGCAGCAAGGGGGGGUGCGGGACAGUCGCCGGCGGCAGAGCCUGAUGCCCUGACGGCGGUAUGGCCCCGGCCGGCGCCGGCGCCCUCUCGGUCGACGGGCCUCGCCGCACCUUGCGGGGACGUGGAGGCCAGUGCGGCCGCGGCUUUUCUGGCGGAGGCCGGCAACGGCGGCGCCGAGCAAGAGGCUGCCCGCACCCCCACCAAGCUGCAGACGGACGCCGGCCUUCGCCUCAUGCGCGGGAUGCUGCUGCGCACCAACCGCGCCAACCACACGCCGCUCGUCCUCCGCAGCUUUGCCCGCAUGGUGUGGGCCCAGAUCCGCCGCCUCAGUCAGCAGGAACUCGAACACAUCGUCUCUGCCGACGCCCCACAGCCUCGGUCUGCCUGCCUCGCCGCCCGCCCCUUCUUCCCAUGCACCGCUUCCUCCCCCCUCGCCGCCGCCACCAGCGUCGACCAACCGUCGCCGCCGCGCCCCAUUUCCCCCUCCCGCUUCUUCUCCUACUCCCCUCCCCCGGCUCCGCCCCUGCCGCCGCCGCUCCCACCGUGCGACGGGGCUGGUCGCCGCGGUCAGAGCGCCGAGCAGGGGCCCGGCGGGGCUGUAGAGGCCCGGCGCGUGCGCCCACGCCACUGACCCCCGACUCGGUCUUCGGAUCCGAGUGGCUGCGAGCCUCGACUAACCGCCGAGGUGACGCGCUUCUUCAUGUAUUUGGGGGGGCGGGGGUGCUCCUGGCGCCACUUGUGGGGGGCUGGCAGCUCUGCUCAUUGCUGUCUAUUCCAGCCGCUCGUUUGAUCUUUGAUGGAUGUGGAUGUGUAACAUGCAUGACGUGUACUCC